GGCUGUGGCCACGGUUUGCAGCUGAUGGCCUUGGAAAUCCUCCUAACAGCCAAGAGGAGACAAAGAUUUACUGGACUUAUCUACACUUACAGAGAGAAAAAGAUUUCCAUCUACGAUGAUGACAGAUUUUACAGGAGAGCAUACGUGGUUACAAAUGCAGCACGAACUCAGCCUGAGGAAACUAAUAGAGGGUUCGGAGUAUCAAGAGGAUCUGAAGUAUGACUUCAAUAUAAAAGGGGAACUGAGGCAUCUGGAUACAAAUGAGUCCUUUGUUUUCAAUUAUUACAAGAGCAGAUUUGAGCAGAAUCAUAAACGCUAUGAAGUUCUGGGACAUUUUAUUACCCAGUAUGUUUAUGAGCUCCUGGAGAGGGUCUGCAUGCUACAGAAGGUUUAUAUUCCUACUGAUGCUACAGAGGAUGAACCAAGAAGUUUCUUUUUCAUGAGCAAGAAUGCACUAACAAGUUCCUCUAGCCUCAUUAUACUUCUUCAAGACCGUGGAGUUUUCUGUGCUGGACAGUGGGGGCAAAAGACAAUUGUCAGUGAUGGCCUGAGACAUGGAACACAAAUACCAUUCAUCAAAAUGGCCCUUCAAAGCCACUGGGAAGUGAUUGUACUGAAUCCCAAUGACAACUUUGCGGAUCUGAAGACUGAAAAGCACCACUUUUCUACCAGGGAAGAAGCAGUUACUUUUACACAGUCUGUCUGGUGGAUCCCCAAGAGGGGCAGCAGCAGCCCUGAGGAGCACACCAUGUAUGUGUGGGAUCAUUUCAUUUCAAAGAGCGCAGCCAAGAAUGUGGCCUUCAUUGCCCAUGGCUACGGUGGCUUGGUGUUCGUUGAUCUGCUGGUGCAGAGAACAUGUGAGGUGAUGAAUAAAGUGUUCUCCGUGGCCUUCAUUGACUCUGUGCACAACAUACAGCACCAGACCAGGAACAAUCCACAGAUACAGGAAUGGAUACUGAAAUGCUGCCGCGAGUGGGUGUCAAACAGUAAACCUCUGAAUAAGACUGUGAACUUUCUCUUGAGAACAAAUUGUCCCACUGUCUCUGCUGGAACGGAAAAGUGUGGUUUAGCACCCUCCUGCUGUCUCCAUGCCAUCUUUAAGUACCUGAAGAGCUCCCUGAAAGCUAAGACCAUAACAGCUUUUAGGCAUUCACCUAUUGCAACCAGAAGCAGCACAAAGAAGAAGAGAGCCAAUAAAUAAAGGCACACUGGUUUGUUCUUGA